AUGGGGAUGGAUGACGAUGGCUCUCCAACAACCCUGUCAUUCACCCAGGGAUUCCUCCUCGGGCAGCUGUCAGUAGUCCUUCUGAUCGGCGCGUUCAUCAAGUUCUUCAUCUUCGGCGAGCCACCACCACCCCCGUCGCGCGGCCUAGCCACACGCACCACCCACCGCCGCUACAGCUCUGUCUAUCAGCCGCAAGACGGCGGCGGGGCAGCAGGAGGAGGCCCAAAGACACUGCGCGAGAAACCCUCCACGUCCAAUGUCCUCCGGCCCGUCCCUUCGUCUGCGACCAACACCCGCUCCAUCCUCCGCAAAACGUACUACAGCGCCAUCCCCACCAACCCAUCCUCCAAACAUGGCCGGCAUCGGAUGCACCACUCGUCGCAUCAGCCCGAGUCGUUGGACUGGUUUAAUGUUCUCAUCGCCCAGACAAUAGCCCAGUACCGGCAGACCGCGUAUCUGCUCAAGGACUCGCCCACCUCGUCCAUCCUCAAAUCCUUGACCGCGGCGAUGAACAACCCGGAGAAAAAACCGUCGUUCAUUGACAAGAUUACCGUCACAGAUAUAUCGCUCGGCGAAGAGUUUCCCAUUUUCAGCAACUGUCGCAUCAUUGCAGUCGAUGAUCCCAAUUCCGAUGGUGGGAGGCUGCAGGCAUUGUUGGAUGUCGAUCUCAGCGAUGAUAAUCUCUCCAUUGCCGUGGAAACUUCCAUGGUCCUCAACUACCCCAAACCGCGAGCUGCCAUCUUGCCAGUGGCGCUGUCAGUCUCUGUCGUUCGCUUCUCGGGGACGCUAUGCAUCUCUUUGAUUCCAGCAUCAACAUCCCUACCUACAGACCCGUCCAUGUCCCCGGCUCCCCCGCCAGACAGCAACCAAAGAGGUGAUGCGGCCGGCGCCAAUUCACCCAAUCCCUCCACCGAAACUGGGAACCCGCAAGAUCCAUCUUCCAAAACAGCUAGCCCCAAAAGCAAUGUCGCGUUCUCAUUCCUCCCAGAUUACCGACUCGACCUAUCAGUUCGCUCGCUCAUCGGAUCCCGCAGCAGAUUGCAGGAUGUGCCCAAGGUAGCCCAGCUAGUGGAAGCCCGCGUGCAUGCCUGGUUCGAAGAACGCGUCGUCGAGCCCCGCGUGCAGGUCGUGGGUCUUCCAGACCUGUGGCCGCGGAUGGGCCGGACGGGUGUACGGACAGGCGAUGAAUCUGAUGCCGGCUCCUCUGCACCACCACGCAGCGCUAGCUCCGCAGAUCUGGGUGUACCGCCACCGCGGUUCUCGGACGAUGCGGAGCUGGAGGGACUGCGCUUCCGGGGACCGUCCGAUGCGCGGUUUGGGCUGGGUGUCGGCUCGCGCACGAGUAGUUUCAAUGUCGAUAUGGGUGGCCUGCGGAGUUCGAGCAUGACCCGGCAGGAUAGCAGUGCUGCUCUGAGUGACGAGUAUACUAUGCCCGGUGCGAUGCCGUCCCCGACGCCGGCAAGCUAA